AUCACAGCCCCGUUCCUUAGGCCAACUUCGACUUCGACCACAACAACCUCAUCCUAUCACAAGCCUAUUCUAGUCCUAUUUUCCCUUCAACAACAAAAACCAUAUUCGAAAUAUUCCCGAAUUCUCAAGAAUAAUAAGAAACAACAAACUCGAUAUCAAACCCCGCCAUCCAGGAUGGGAGCGCUCCUAUCUAUUCCCUUCCUGGCGGUGCCCAGCGCCGGCACGCUGAUGUCCUGCUUUGCGAGCUGCUGCGGUGCUGCUACCUGCUCUAUGGUAUGCAGCGCUUGCGGGAAGUGCGGCAACAGUGUUGCUACCCGUAUCGCCUACGCCCUGCUCCUCCUAGUUAACUCCAUCCUCUCGUGGAUCAUGCUCACGCCCUGGGCUAUCGAGAAGCUACAACACCUCAUGUUAGACUACGUCAAGAUCAAUUGUCCGAACGGCCAGUGUUACGGCUGGCUGGCUGUCCAUCGCAUCAACUUCGCCCUCGGCCUCUUCCACCUUAUCUUCGCCUGCCUGCUAUUCGGCGUCGCCUCUACGAAAAACCCGCGAGCUUCCUUGCAGAACGGCUUCUGGGGCCCCAAGAUCAUCGCCUGGCUCGCCCUCAUCGUCAUGUCGUUCCUCAUCCCCGACGCCUUCUUCCAGGUCUACGGCAACUACAUCGCAUUUAUCGGCGCCAUGCUCUUCCUCAUCCUCGGCCUUAUCCUCCUCGUCGACCUCGCCCACAACUGGGCUGAGUACUGCCUCGAGCAGAUCGAGAAGACAGACUCCAAGGUCUGGAGGGGCGUGCUGAUCGGCUCGACCCUCGGCAUGUACGUCGGCUCGCUGGCCAUGACCAUCAUCCAGUACUGCUUCUUCGCCCACAGCGGCUGCUCCAUGAACCAAGCCGCCAUAACCAUCAACCUCCUGCUCUGGAUCGCCAUCUCCGUCAUCUCAGUCCACCCGACCGUCCAGGAGUACAACCCCAAGGCCGGCCUUGCGCAGGCCGCCAUGGUCGCGGUAUACUGCACGUACCUCACCAUGUCCGCCGUCUCCAUGGAGCCCGACGACAGGCAGUGCAACCCCCUGGUCCGCGCUCAGGGCACCCGCACGACAUCCGUGGUCAUCGGCGCCAUCGUCACGAUGCUGACCGUCGCGUACACCACCACGCGCGCAGCAACCCAGAGCCUCGGCCUGGGUAACAGUCGUGGCGGCAUCAAGCUCCCCGACGACGACGAGCACGACCUUGUGACGCAACAGCCGGGACGUCGGGAGAUGCGAGCCGAGGUGUUGCGGCGGGCGGUCGAGCAGGGCAGUUUGCCCGCGGACGCCCUAUUAGAAGAAGAUGAUGACGAGGACGACGAGGAGAGCAGCGGCAAGACGCCGCACGACGACGAGCGGGGCAGCACGCAGUACAACUACUCGGUGUUCCACAUCAUCUUCUUCCUGGCGACGUGCUGGGUGGCCACGCUGCUCACGGGCACAGUGCAGGGGCUCGACAACUUCCCGCAGGACAGCGACUUCGCGACCGUCGGGCGCACGUACUGGGCCAGCUGGGUCAAGAUCGUCAGCGCCUGGAUCUGCUACGGCAUGUACAUCUGGACCCUGGUCGCGCCUAUCGUCCUGCCGGAUCGGUUCGCCUGAGAAAGUACCUUACUAUAUAUAUCGGAGUUACCUUGACUUUUUUUUAUUUCUUUUGUGUGUGGGUGUGGGUGUGUGGCUGUAUCAUUUAGUUGGUUUUACUUACCUAGGUACUUAUCCUGCUGGGUUAGAAGGGUUGGAACGUUGGAAGCAUUGCUUUGCCUACCUAGGUAGGGAGGUAUGAAAGUGUAGUUUUCUAUAUUGGUAGCGAGGUUGAAUUGAAUGCUCAGUUGCAUGGGUUAUUUUACCCCUUUUAA